CAAAGCGUAGUGGCGAAGCUCCUCCUGCCAAAUGUGCAGCAGAGCCAAUCAGGGGUUCAGAGUUGACAGGUCUUUCGACGUUGCCAUGGUCACCGGGUCACUGCAGGCCCUCGUAGUCUGACAGGUGCGUGACAGUUGAAGUCUGCAAUAUGUACGCGAAAGGGAAGGGCUCGACAGUACCGUCAGACGCACAGGCUCGUGAAAAGUUAGCUCUUUACGUGUACGAGUAUCUGCUUCAUGUUGGUGCGCAGAAGGCGGCUCAAACGUUUCUGUCAGAGAUCCGAUGGGAGAAAAACAUAACGCUAGGCGAACCUCCUGGGUUUCUGCAUUCGUGGUGGUGUGUAUUUUGGGAUCUGUAUUGUGCGGCGCCAGAACGGAGGGAUACUUGCGAGCAUUCCAGCGAAGCGAAGGCGUUCCAUGACUAUGGUUUCGUAAACUCCGGUUAUGGUGUCAACGGUAUUGCACACGUGAGUAUGAACGCGGGCCCCGCGCCGAGUCCGCUGGGGCAGAUGCCUCCCAACGACGGGAUGCCUGGUGGGCCGAUGCCGCCCGGCUUCUUCCCAAACUCGACCAUGAGGCCAUCACCGCCGACGCAUCCGUCUUCACAGCCGUCCCCUCACCCCCAGCCCCCACCCCCGCAUAGUCAAAUGAUGUCCGGCCAGCCAUUCAUGGGCCCUCGCUACCCUGCAGGACCUCGUCCUGGUGUCCGGAUGCCUCAGCUUGGAAAUGAAUUUAAUGGGCCUCCUGGACAACCCAUGCUGCCAAACAGUAUGGAUCCAUCACGGCAAGGUGAAGGCGGAGAAUUUGUAGGUUGGCAAGGUCCACCAGGCAUGAGUCCUAUGAAUCCUCGAAUGAACCCACCGAGGGGACCUGCGAUGGGCCCGAUGGGUCCUGGUUCAUAUGGCCCAGGCAUGCGUGGACCACCUCCAACUGGUACAUUGGGCCCCGGAGGCCCCGGUGGUCCAGGACCAGGUGGCCCAGCAGGACCUGGUAUGCCACCUAUGUCAAUGGCGGGACCGGGAGGACGACCUCAGUGGCAGCCCAAUACAUCUACACCAAUGAAUUAUUCCUCUUCAUCUCCUGGAAAUUAUGGGGGACCACCUGGUUCUGCAGGACCCCCAGGACCAGGAACUCCUAUAAUGCCUAGCCCACAAGGUUCUGUGGGUCCCUAUUCCCCUGCUAGUCACCGAAUGCCCACUCCCAGUCCUGUGACGAGACAAGAUUCUUCAAAUUCUGGUGGUGAGAACAUGUAUACAAUGAUGAAGUCUGUCCCCGGUGGAAAUAUACCAGGUGAUUUCCCUAUGGCCACUGGUCCUGAGGGUGGCCCAAUGGGACCAAUGGGACCUAAUACCAUGGGGCCAGUUAUGAAUGGUGAUGGCCUGGAUGGAAUGAAGAACUCCCCAGCCAAUGGUGGUCCUGGCACACCACGAGAAGACAGCGGAAGUGGGAUGGGAGACUACAACUUGGGGGGCUUUGGGGGACCUGGGGAAAAUGACCAAACUGAAUCAGCCGCCAUUCUGAAAAUUAAGGAAAGCAUGCAGGAAGAAGCCAAGAGGUUUGAAAAAGACUCCGACCAUCCGGAUUAUUUCAUGCAAUAACACCCCGUCCCAGGCCCAUUCCUCAAACCUUUUGUGGUCCCAACAAAUUUCCUUUCCUGUUAGUCUCCUAGUACCUUACCAUAUCCCACAUCAAGCAAGCAUCCUAGUCCUUUCCAGUUCCAGGACCUGCAGUCAGACAGAGGAUCAGCUUGUUGUAAAAUCAGAUUGCAGUCUGUAAUGUUGUAACUUUAAUCCUUAUUCAGACACAAAAAUGUACAUGCUGGCUGAAUUCUAUAUUGACAGCAAAAAUUUGCUUAUGUUGUGGUUUCUCUUAAACUUCUUUGAAAUGGAAAUUAUGUUGUGAAGAAAAAAAAGUUAUACAUCAGUCUUGUAGCAUGUUCCUAAAGCUAGCAGUAAGGCUGGCAAUCUGAUUGAGUGGGUUAUUUCAUGCAGUGUGAAUGAUGAAACGAAAGUAAGUGUUAAAAUAACUUUUCGUCUGUGUGUUUUUCGUGUCUAGUAUUGAUGGGUGUGUGAUAUUUUGUGUGUCUAGUGGUAAACUCACGCUAUGUACUGUUGAACAGUGAGGAGCUUACUUGGAUAUAAGAACAAUAGUAAAGUAUUACUCGCUCCAUGCGUCUAUUAGCUCUAUAUGUCUAAUUCGCUCCAUGACUCUAAAUUCACUCUGUGCGUCUAAUUCGCUCCAUGAAUCUGAAUUCACUAUGCGAGUCUAAUUUGCUCCAUGACUGUAAAUUCGCUCCACGAGUCUAAUUCGUUCCACGAGUGUAAUUCACUCCACAAAUCUAAUUCCAUAUCCUUUCAACUUUGCCAUAAAUCCUACUAAUUUCACUCAUAAACUGUAAAGCCCAAUAAAUAGAUCCAAUUGCAUUAUAUUGUCAAAAAUAAAUAGAUUUUAAUUUCAUACAUGGGGCUCUAUACAAGAAAUUAAAAUUUUAUAUUAUUUGUACUAUAACAGACUAUCUCUUAAAGGAACACAUUACUGUUGUGAGUCAUCUACACCACUCCAUCAAAUUUAAUCUUGUUUCAGCUACCCUUUUAUGGUACUGUUGUAAAUUUGUGAAAAUUGUCUAUGUACAUUUUUAUGCAAGAUUCAACCCUCUGACACUUUUAUAUCACUGAGGCCCUUUGCAGAUAAUGUUAGUUUAGAAUAAAAUAUAAGAUUGUGAAAUAUCAUAAUUAUUUUAGUCUCCCUUAUAGUGGAUGUGGUACUGCCUAUGUGUUUGCUGUUGCCAUUAUCGGUAAAGAUUUUCCACUAAAAUUUAAUACGUCAUAUAAGAUGAAGUUGCUAAUUAAGUACCAUGUAAUUGUUUUUUGCAAUAUUUAUAUGUGGAAUUCGUUUAGGCUAAAAUCUGUUGGGUUCAUGCAGAAAUGUCAAGUAACACAGGCAUCAUCUGAAGAGUACAUGUAUUGCUCCAGUAAUCCGCAUGUAUUUAUGUAGAUUUUUGUAACAAUAGGUUCCUCUCAAAUAAAAAAAAAAAAAAUUAAGGUUGUUACAAGAGAAUGGAAAAUCUGUCUGAAAGGGAGAAGUUACUGAAUAAAUUAAGGUUACUAUUAGGCAAGAUGGAAAUGAUUCUUCAUUAAAUUGUUAAUAAUUGUCAUAUAUCCAAAUAGCCGUGACAGUUCAGUAUUUAUAAAGUAUGUGUUAAAUUGUUUAAUUAUGUUAGGGUAUUUCUGUCUUGCCAGGAGGACAUAGUUUUUAAAAAAUGUGUGCAAUGUAAAUAUUUAUGAAUGUAUUUUUUUCCUUUUAAUUGUAGCAUCUGAAUGUGAACUAACCAGUCUGUUUUAUUGUAAAUAAAUGAUUGUUUCUUCACAUAGUGAGUGGAGCAGCUCACAAAUUCAGUUCUUAACUUCCAUUGUACUUAGAGCUGCUUUAUAUACUCUCAAAGAUUCAACCUUUGUACAGUAUAUGAAAGGAACAGUGCGUGGAAUUGUAGUAUUUGUUCCCCAGAUUAUGAGUCAUGUGGUCUUGCCAGUUUAGUUAUACUAAAAAAAUAAAAAUAAAUAUAAUCUAUGUGGUGUGCCCUUUGUGAAAACAUCCAUCACAACAGAUGUAAAGAAAACAGUGUGUGCAAACCCAAAUUCAAUAAGUAUUUGUCAUUUUUUUUGUGUGUGUGUGUGUGUGUGUGUGUGUGUGUGUGUGUGUGUGUGUGUGUGUGAUAGAGAUAGAGAGAGAGAGAGAGAGAGAGAGUGUGUGUGUGUGUGUGUGUGUGUGUCUGUGUGUGCGUGCGUGCUGACCCCACAUUCAUUGAGUAUUUGUACAUCAUAUCAUACUGCGUCAGACCUGCAUUGUAACUAACACAAAAUGUAAUAGCCUUUGCUCAAGUUUGCCCAUUACUUUUUGUGAAGCAUUGGUGUUUGUUAAAUAUUUUUUUAGUCCUCUGAUUAUGACUGCGUGAUACACUCCAUUUUUAUCUGUUUUGCGUUAUGUUUUAUUUAAUGUUGUUCACACUUUAUAGUAUCUUCGAUGUGUAAAUAAUAGAGGCAUGUAUUAUGAUGUAAAUUAUCGGUGUCGCUGCUACUGUAUAUGUUUGUUUCACUUCCCUUUUGUUAAUAUUGUUAUUAAAAGAUAAGAUUCAGGCAGGGAAACAGUUUCUGAGUUCUACACACACACUUGUCACUGUACCUGUGGCCAUCAAAUAUAAUGCAACACAUUUGAGUUAUUA